AUGAAUUAUUUAUCAUUAUUAAUUUUUGUCUCAUUAUUGACAAUAAUUAAAAGUGCUUAUAAUCCAAUUCCAGUUGGAUCUAUUAUUAUUUCUACUAUAAAUAAAAUAUUUGUUAUGCAACCAACAGAAUAUGGUGGUAACGAUGCAUUAACAACUAUAUUUACAGCAACUACGAAUAUGAAUAUUAUAAAUAGCAUAUAUGAUCCAACACCUCGUAAUCUUUAUAUACUUUUUACAAAUCAAACAAAUGGUUCUGUUUAUUUAUGUCAAUUAAUAGCUCGUCAAAAACUUGACACAACUAUUUAUCAACUUCCAAUUACAUUUGAUUUCUCAACUAUAAAUAAUUUAACUUCAUUUACAUCUGAUAUUGAUAAUCGUCGUGCUUUUUUUAUAAAUCAAAUAGGUGCUGUAAAACUAUUUUCUAUGAGUGGUUUAAUGCAAACGAACAUAUCAAUACCAACAACAAUUACAAAUACAAUACGUUCAGUUGGUUAUAGUAAUCUUUUGAAUCGAUUAUUUAUUAUAACUGAUACAACAGUUUAUUCAUGUACUAAUUUUGAUGCAAAUAAUCUUCAAUGUUGUCCACCAUUAUCUCAAUUAAAUCAAAUUCGUUCAAUAUCAUUUGAUCGUAUAUCUGGUGAUAUACAUGUUUAUGUUCUUGAUUAUACGACAGGUAUUUAUCAAGUUAUUUUAAAUUCCGAUGAAUGUCCAACUGCUGUGCGUCCCAUAAAUACACUUGGAACUUUUAAUAAUAUUCAAUUUGUUAUUGAUCGUGGUUUAUAUUUUUCAUCUGGAAGCAAAGGAAGUGAAAAUGAUAAUUCAAUAUUAGUUAUUGCUAAUGGUACACAAUCACCAAGAUCUAUUUCUAUUGGAGUGAGUAUUGUUGCAUUACAUAUUUCAUAUCCAGCUACAACAUCAACAUCAGCUGUAGUAGAAACUUGUUUUCGUGGUAUAACCUAUUCUGAUUACCGUAUUGCUGUUAUACUUGCAGCUGUAUUUGGUACAAUAAUGGGUAUCUUCAUGUGUUUUAAUGCUUUAUUCUGUAUUGACUUCUUUAUGACAAAGAGUAUUAUACGUAAUUUGAAAAAACAAAUACCACAUAAUUUAUUAGAAGAUCGAUGGAAUAAAUUAGUUGAAGAAAAAUAUGCAAAAAUAGCACUUGAAAAACAACGACAAGUCGAUGAUCCACCACCAAAACGUAAAUCAUCUGUCUUUGAACGAAAAAAAUCAUUUAUUCCUGCUAGUAGCGGUACUACUACUACUACUACUACUCAAGCUAGACCAGGUCCUACGGGUACUGAUGAAAAUCCUUAUCCUGUUAGUGCAAAGCAAUCAAUAACUGCACGUCUUCGACGUGCAAGUGACUCUUAUUUCAAUCGUCGUCGAAGUGCAGAUUAUCAAAGUCACCAGGAUCCAUCACGUUAUGAAUUUAGUGCAACACAACUAAAUGCACCACGGUCUCAAGUAACACCAAAUCAAAAUUAUAUUGAACCUGUAGCAGAAGAAGAUGAAAGGGAAAAUCGAAGAGGACUUCGACAAAAUCUUAGUGGACAACAACUACUUAAAUUUGAUGAAGAUUUUCUAUAG